AUGAAUAUCGCCCCUCACCAGAUCCAUCAUCCAUAUGUAAACCCUCAGGAAAUUCCAUUUCCGACUAUGACACUUCCUGGAGGAGGUCGAUUAGGUUUCUUCCCAGCAGUGAAAACACGAUUCCCAGGUCCUAAUCUGGGAUAUGGAGCCGGUCUUAUGGGUAUGCCUCAUCCUCUUGGCUCAUCCUUAGCUUGGGGUGUAGGGACCGGAAUCGAUAAUACCGCAGCGUCGUGGAGAAGGUAUUACGGUGUCGGAGGAAUGUUAACUGGUUAUCCGUUGCAUUAUCGAUUACCAGGAAAGACAGGACUCGGAGGGUACUAUGGAGGGUGGAGUAUCCGUGAUUGA